CUCGCUUUCAAGAAAGCUGUGAUUUUUACUUGACGAGGGUUUCUCCUAGUUCUGUAUCUCCAUUGAUAUAGAAGGGGCAAGGAAAUGGGGUACCCCAUGCAGCCUUAUGGAGUUCAGUCAAUGCUCAAGGAAGGGCACAAGAUCCUCUCUGGACUAGAUGAAGCGGUUAUCAAGAAUAUCGAUGCCUGCAAUCAGCUUUCCACCAUCACUAGAACUUCACUCGGCCCGAAUGGCAUGAACAAGAUGGUUAUCAACCAUUUAGACAAGCUUUUUGUGACAAAUGAUGCGGCUACCAUUGUCAAUGAGCUUGAGGUUCAGCAUCCUGCUGCCAAGAUUUUAGUUUUAGCAGGUAAGUCUCAACAAGAGGAAAUUGGAGAUGGUGCAAACCUUACUGUUUCUUUUGCGGGGGAGCUGCUUCAUGGUGCAGAAGAACUUAUUCGGAUGGGAUUGCAUCCAAGUGAGAUCAUCACUGGGUAUACAAAAGCGAUUAAUAAGACAGUUGAAAUCUUGGAUGAUCUCGUUGAGGAAGGAUCUGAAGUGAUGGACGUAAGGAAUAAGGACGAAGUUAUUAGAAGAAUGAAAGCUGCUGUUGCAAGUAAGCAAUUUGGACUAGAGGAAGUACUAUGUUCUUUAGCUGCUGAUGCAUGCAUACAAGUCUGCCCCCAAAAUCCUGCCAACUUUAACGUGGAUAAUGUCAGAGUGGCAAAACUCUCGGGUGGAGGUUUGAACAAUUCGACUAUAGUUCGCGGUAUGGUUUUGAAGAACGAUGCUGUUGGGACUAUAAAGAGAGUGGAAAAAGCAAAGGUUGCUGUUUUUGUUGGUGGGGUUGAUACAUUGGCAACAGAAACCAAGGGAACGGUCCUUAUUCAUAGUGCAGAGCAGCUAGAAAAUUAUGCAAAAACUGAAGAAGCUAAAGUGGAGGAUCUAAUCAAAGGAGUUGCUGAGUCAGGUGCCAAGGUUAUUGUUAGUGGAUCGGCCGUUGGUGAGAUGGCACUUCACUUCUGUGAGCGUUACAAACUUAUGGUACUGAAAAUCAGCUCCAAAUUUGAACUAAGACGGUUUUGCAGAACUACUGGUUCUGUUGCUCUUUUGAAGCUUGGUCAGCCAAAUCCUGAUGACCUUGGUUAUGUGGAUUCUGUAUCAGUGGAGGAAAUUGGUGGAGCUAGGGUCACCAUAGUGAGAAAUGAAGAAGGUGGAAACUGUGUCUCAACUGUGGUUUUGCGUGGAAGUACUGAUAGCAUAUUAGAUGAUCUGGAAAGAGCAAUUGAUGACGGUGUCAACACAUUCAAGGCAAUGUGCAAGAAUAGCCGUAUGGUACCUGGAGCAGCGGCUACAGAAAUUGAAUUAGCUAAAAGAUUAAAGGAGUUCUCAUUCAAAGAGACCGGACUUGACCAAUAUGCUAUUUCAAAAUUUGCGGAGUGUUUUGAGAUGGUGCCUAAAAUUUUGGCUGACAAUGCUGGUUUGAAUGCUAUGGAGAUUAUUUCCUCUUUGUACGCUGAACAUGCAUCUGGGAAUACCAAAGUGGGCAUCGACUUGGAGGAAGGUUUAUGCAAGGACAUCUCUACAGCAAAUAUUUGGGACCUUUAUGUGACUAAGUUAUUUGCUCUAAAAUAUGCUGCAAAUGCUGCUUGCACUGUUUUACGAGUAGACCAGAUUAUUAUGGCAAAACCUGCGGGUGGCCCAAAGAGAGGAGAUCAGCCUGCUGGAAUGGAUGAAGACUGAUUUCUUUUCUUGGAGCAAGUUGAGGUUUGUGGUUCUGCUUAUUAUUCACAUUGCUACAUAUCUAUGGAAGCUUGGGUUUUCUUCAUAUCUAUAUCAUCAUCCCUUCUGCCAAUUAAUUGUUACCCUAUUGUUAUAUAGUUUUGUCUGCUGCUUUUGGUGAUCCAGAAUUCUGUCACUCGGUUUUGGGAUGCCAACGAGGAAGACAG